AUGCCUACAACUUGUGGAUUUCCAAACUGCAAAUUUCGAUCACGUUAUCGUGGUCUCGAAGAUAAUCGUCAUUUUUAUCGCAUCCCAAAACGACCGCAAGUGUUGCGUCAAAGAUGGUUGAGUGCGAUUGGAAGAACCGAAGAGACUGUAGUUUCACAGGUACUUGUAUGGUUACAGAAAAAAUAAAAAAAAAAGAAAGAAAGAAAGAGCACCCAGAUUCGAAAAACGAUCAAACAAAAAGAUUACAUAUAAUUAUCGAAAUUCUUGGAAAAACCUUUAAAUUUUUUGCAGCUUCGCAUUUGCUCGGCACAUUUUGAGGGUGGCGAAAAACGAGAAGGUGAUAUACCAGUGCCUGAUCCUACUGUAGAUGUUCAGAUCAAGAUAGAACUUCCACCAAAGGAAAGUAAAAACAACGAUCGACGACGCAAACAAACAAUCCCGGCUAGAUUUCCGUGUGACUCACCGGCAGGUUAG